GUAAGCUACAAGUCAGUAGAUCAGUAGACACAGGAUACAAGGAAUAAGGAGUAUGAGCAUCAUGUCAUAUAUAAACCUACCCCCUACUCCCUCACAAGGAGGUUUACUACCAUAUUGGUUAUUGUUCACUGCCGCUGCUUCGGUGUAUAAUACCGGUCAAGCUUAUUUCGCAAGUUGGCAAUCUAGGGAAGUAUAUUCUGGUAAAGCUACAGAGAUGACACCCCUCGCUUCGAGAUUAUUCGGAACGUGGACUUUAUUAGCUGCUGCUAUUCGAUUCAGAGCUGCUUAUGAUAUUUCAAGUCCCGCAAUGUACGAUCUCGUCAUGGCUAAAUUCGCCAUUGCUACCAUACAUUUUUGGUCGGAGAUGCUCAUUUUCGGAAGUGUGAAAUUGAACAGAGCAUCUAUAGGACCUUUGGUCAUUGGUACCGGUAGUCUCGUUUGGUGUUUGACACAAAGGAAUUAUUAUCUCGGUUUAUAAUAUGCAUACAACAAAUUAUGGGCUUG